AUGGCCCGCCUUAUGGAUACGAUCAAAAAGGACCACCGAGAGCUCGAAGAGUACUACAAGAUCAUCGUGAGCUCCAGAGAUACCGAUGAGCAAAUCCGCUUCCAGAACAAGUUCACCUGGGAACUCGCCCGCCAUGCCAUAGGCGAAGAGCUGGUCGUCUAUCCUGCACUCGAGAAAUAUCUCCCAGGCGGCGCGGAGACGGCCGAUAAGGAUCAAAAGCUUCAAAAAUUCCAGGACAUGCACCCCUCCGACGCAGCCUUCAUGCCGAUCCUCAAGUCUAUGAUGGCAGACCUCGAGAAGCACAUCGAGGAAGAGGAGACCAUUGACUUUGUCAAGCUGGAGGACGCAAUCACCCCCAAAGAGAGCGAGAGCCUGUCCAAGUCGUUUGGCCGAACGAAGAUGUUCGUUCCCACCCGGUCGCAUCCCAACACCCCGAACAAACCUCCUUUCGAGACGGUGGUCGGGCUGCUGGCUGCACCAAUUGACCAUCUAGCGGAUAUAUUCCGUAAAUGGCCUGAUGAUGUGAUCAAUCCCAAUCCAUCGUCUGAAUAA